UCCAUACCACUAUGUCUCUCCUCGUGGUAUUUAGUUUGCCAUUUGAUUGAAGUGCAAGUAAUAGAAAGCUUAGCCACGAUAUGAGGAGCUUUGGGGCAGCAAAUUAACGUAUAUGUAGACUGUUUAUUCCGGUUUGCGUAUUUAGUAUGAUUUGUGCAAGCACAUUAAUUGGUAGUCAUAGAAGACGAAGUCGCGCUCAGCUGAUCGUGAUUACGAAGGUGAUAAACAACACGCAUAUUGCAAUUAAAUUCUCGACACAGCAAAUGCAGAAGGGAAAAAUUUCCACAACAAUGAUUAGCAACAAUAUUUCAAGUACAACCCUGGGGACGCCUGGAUCAACUGCGACUGCUCAGGGUGCCCAUAUACUGCCAGCUCCAAAAAAUGCUACCAACCACUAUGAGAUCAACAUACAAUUCACCGAAGAGCAACAAAGACUGUCCUACUACGAAGAGACGCUGACAACAACAACAGCUGAUCAGAGACAACUAAAAAAUGUGAUCAACGAGAAGAUACGUAACAGAGAAUUCUUUUAUGGUCUGGAAAUUUUGGCACACACCUACAAUCCCAACUAUUGGUUGGAUUACAAUGCUCUGGGACCUCUGCUGCCACUGUUCACCUCCAUUGUAUGGCUGGGUAUGGACUAUUGCAAUAUAGAAAAUCUCAACGAGGUAGAAGCCAUUCGUUUGGCCAACAAACUAAAUCGACAUGUGAGAGUAAUGCCACACUUGUCAUGUUAUUGUCUGACCGAGACAAGACUGAGAGAAUUUUUGAAUAUGAAUUUUCCCAAUGUUCUCUCUAUACGAGGAGAUUUUUUUGAUAAGGAUCAGCGGUAUCAGCAUUCAUCCGAAUUGGUGGAGGCAAUUCGAAGAAUACGGGGUGAUUCAAUAAGCAUUGGCGUAGCUGGCUAUCCUGAGGGUCAUCCGGAAUGUAAAUCAAUAGAAGAAGACUUGGGAAAUUUAGAGAAAAAGGUUGUGGCCGGUGCAGAUUUCAUAAUAACACAAAUUUGUUUUUCAUCCAGACCCAUCAUUGACUACAUCAAAAACUGCCGAUCCAGAAAUAUAAAAAUCCCCAUAUUAGUGGGUAUUUUUGUUCCCGAUAAUCUGCGAAUGUUAGAGACGAUAUUGCGAUUAACUAAAAUCCAUAUGCCAUCGGAAGAUCUGCAAGAAUAUCAUCGACACCAUGACCUUGGAGAGGGACAAUUUACAGAAUAUGCUGUACGGAGAGCAGUCGAAAUGAUUGAUUCGAUUUUGAGUAGUGAUGAAGUUGAAGUUUAUGGCCUGCAAUUUUUCUCCAUGAAUAGAUUUCAAAAUAUACCAAUGGUCUUGGAGAAGAUUCGGAAAAAACAUAAUAAAUAAAAAAAAAUAAA